AUGAUGGCUAGGGAUUUGUUUGCGCUACUGUGUUUCAUUGUACAGGUGGCUUCGAGCUUGUGUUCUGGUCACGAAAAUGGACGAGGAGACCAAGCACUGUCUCAGAUUGAUAUUUACAGCACAAGUUUUGCUCUGCGUCACACUGCCUCCAUUCAAGCAUCCCCUCAUGUUCUUGGUUCCCAGGGUGAGGACACUGGAUGGGUAAAUGUCGAUAUUUCGAACCCAGAGCCUUCUUCAGACGAUUGGGUCGGAGUCUUCUCACCAGCAAAAUUCGACUCAUCUUCAUGCGCUCCAACCGAUGCCAAAGAGAUAGCUCCUUUCAUUUGCUCAGCUCCAAUCAAGUACAUGUAUGCCAAGUCCCAUCCUGACUAUAUGAAGAGCGGGAAUGCGGUUUUGAAGUUCCUGCUUAUAAACCAGAGAGCUGAUUUCUCCUUUGCCCUCUUCACCGGGGGACUCUCAAAUCCAACGGUUGUAGCCGUUUCAAAUUAUGUAUCAUUUACCAAUCCUAAAGUUCCCGUUUAUCCGCGUCUUGCUUUAGGGAACAAUUGGGACCAAAUGAGUGUAACAUGGACGAGCGGGUACAACAUAGGCGAGGCUGUUCCGUUUGUGGAAUGGAGUGGGAAGGGAAUUCCAAGUAGAAGAUCACCAGCUGGUACCUUGACUUUUACCAGAAACAGCAUGUGUGGUGCUCCUGCUCGUACUGUUGGGUGGCGAGAUCCGGGUUUCUUCCACACCGCUUUUCUGAAAGAUCUUUGGCCAAACCUCAAGUACACUUACAGGAUGGGUCAUGAGUUGGUGAAUGGAUCGAUUAUUUGGAGCAAGAACUACACCUUUAAGUCUUCUCCUUAUCCUGGACAAGACUCGUUACAACGGGUCAUAAUCUUUGGCGACAUGGGAAAGGGAGAGCGGGAUGGAUCGAACGAGUACAAUGAUUAUCAGCCUGGUUCCCUCAACACGACGGACCAACUCAUCAAGGACUUGACGAAUAUCGACAUUGUUUUCCACAUUGGAGAUAUCACUUACGCGAAUGGUUACAUCUCGCAGUGGGAUCAGUUCACAGCUCAAGUCGAGCCUAUCGCUUCUACUGUCCCAUACAUGAUCGCAAGUGGCAACCACGAGCGGGAUUGGCCAGACUCUGGAUCCUUCUAUGGUGGUAAAGACUCUGGAGGGGAGUGUGGGGUUCCUGCGGAAACCAUGUUCUACUUUCCUGCUGAGAACAAAGCUAAGUUCUGGUACUCUGCAGAUUAUGGGAUGUUUCGGUUCUGUGUAGCGGACACAGAACAUGAUUGGAGAGAAGGGUCAGAGCAAUACCGAUUCAUAGAGCGUUGUCUUGCCUCUGUUGACAGAAAGACUCAGCCUUGGCUGAUUUUUAUCGCUCAUCGUGUCCUCGGUUAUUCUACAAAUGAUUGGUAUGGGCAAGAAGGAUCAUUCGAAGAGCCCAUGGGAAGAGAGAGCUUGCAGAAAUUGUGGCAAAAGUAUAAAGUAGACAUUGCCUUCUAUGGCCAUGUCCAUAAUUACGAGAGAACAUGCCCCAUUUACCAGAACCAAUGUGUGGACAAUGAGAAGUGUCACUACUCUGGAGCCUUCAAAGGAACUAUUCAUGUGGUUGUUGGUGGUGCAGGAAGUCACCUGUCUUCCUUCAGCUCGCUGAAACCUAAUUGGAGUAUCUUCAGAGACUACGAUUACGGGUUUGUGAAGUUGACUUCUUUUGAUCACUCAUCGCUUCUCUUUGAAUACAAGAAGAGCAGUGAUGGAGCUGUGCAUGACUCCUUCACUGUCUUUAGAGAAUACAGAGAUGUCUUGGCUUGUGUUCGGGAUAGCUGCGACCCAACAACAUUAGCUUCAUGA